AUGCGAUUCACUGCUCUGUGGAAGAUUGGCCUGGUUGGCCUGGCUAUUCCUGCUGCUCUGGCUCACCCUGGUGAGCACGAGAAAUACGAUGCUCGAGCUGAGUUGCAAAAGCGCCAGUUCAAACAGAACGUUCGUCGAGGCUUGGAGCGAUGCGCGAAGCGAUUUGAGGCCAGUGGACUCAAUGCUCGCGCUGAAGCUCGUCGUCGCGAUCUAUACAAUAUGCAUCGGCGCCACGUUAAAGCUCGUGAUACCUCCGACGUGCUUAGCACCUCUCACCUGGUGGAUGACUCGAGCAUCACGUCGAGUACCUCAGCUGACUCGCUCUUCAGCACCAGCUCUACGUGUGUGCUGAACCCCGAAGGCGAGACGGGUCCGUACUAUGUCAAGGGCGAAUUGAUCCGCUCUGAUAUCCAAGAGGAUGAAGAUGGUGUACCAGUCAUCUUCGAUAUCCAGUUUGUCGAUGUCGAUACCUGCGAAGCCAUUGAGGAUCUGUACGCCGAUGUCUGGAGCUGCAACGCAACUGGUGUCUACUCUGGUGUUGUGGCUACAGGAAACGGCAAUACGGCCGAUACCUCCAACUUGGAUGCGACCUUCCUGCGUGGCAUUCAAGCCACCGAUAGCGAUGGCGUCGUAUCAUUCAGCACCCUGUUUCCCGGCCAUUACUCCGGACGUACCACUCACCACCACAUCGUGGCUCAUCUUGAUGUGACUGUUCUGUCAAACGGUACUAUCAGUGGUGGUACUGUGGCUCACAUUGGACAGCUCUUUUGGGACCAGGACUUGAUCGACGAGGUGGAAGCAACUUCACCAUAUAGCACCAACACAGUGACUCUCACUACAAAUGCCGAGGACCGCGUCUUCUCUGAUGAAACCGAAGAUAGCACUUCUGAUCCGGUUCUUAACUAUGUUUGGCUAGGAGAUUCUCUUAGUGAUGGUCUGUUGGGCUGGACCACGGUUGCUGUCGAUACAUCCGCCACCUAUGACCCCAACUACAGCUUUGUGUACACUUCUAGUGGAGGCGUCGCUGAAUCUGGAGGUGGCUCGGAUACUUCCAGCAGUGGGUCGGGAUCAUCAGGAUCAGGAUCCUCGGGCUCGGGAGGGUCGGGAGGCUCGUCUGGUCCAGGUGGUUCUAGUGGCUCACCUUUCGCCUAA